AUGCCACAACAGACCUUUCGGCCUCCAUCCGGGUCUGCCCUUGAUCGGACACAGUACGAUCCCGCUGCUUCGGAAAUCACGCCCAAGAUUGUCUUUAAGUGGAAGAAGGACAGCAAGUUUUCAAAAGACCUGGCAUGUUUCAUGUCUGGUAAGAGUACGGAUAUAGAAGGGAAGGGAAAACACAGAGACCCAGAUAUCACCGUGUCGAUAUUCAAGGCUCUGAAAGAAUUGACCUUAUACGAGCCAAAUUUGCAGAGGGUUGACAUCGAGGAUCUGAAAGGGUUCGAGGUGGUCCUCUUGCUUGGGGCUGUGGUGAUCCGUGACGUAUAUUUUGGUUCCUUGAAGGAGACCUUCAAUCUGCCUGUCAGCAAGAAACCCAGCCCAGCUAGUCCUAGUGCUGGAAAUACUGCAAUCCUACAAUCGGAUGCCGGACCUCAAUCAGUCUCGCCCACCCAUGGCCCGCGUGUGCCUUCCACAGAUCCACGGAAACAGUGGGAAAUCGAAGCAGAGUCUGCUAGACUGCGGAGACAGGCGCUAGAGGAAGAAAGACAAAGGCGGCGCAGAGAAGAGGAGGAGGAACGAUUGACCAGGCAGUUGUUGGAAAGAGAAGAAAAAGAACAACGGAGGAGAAAGCAAGCGGAAAUUCAACAGGAGACAGAGUGGCUCAAGCAUAUGUAUGGACGAGAAGAUGCAUCUGCUCGUCCUGACCUUCCGCCUCGAGAACCACGACAACAAAGACAUCACUCUGAAGCAGGACAAUCAGCGUACCUUCAGACGCAACAAGGACCAUAUCCCGUAGCACCAUAUGUCAACAGCUGGGGGGGAUAUCCACCAGGUCCGUACAUGUCGGGAGCUGCUUCACAGUCUAGUUUUCUCACGCCCGUGCCUACGCAACAACCACAAAUCAAACCAAAAUCGAGUAUUUUCAACUUCCGACGCCGGAGCGACCAGGACGCAAACAAGUUGCAAAGAAAGCGAAGUGCCGUGUUUUGA